AUGAGUUUAGGCAGCAGUGUCACAUCUUCUGAAUCAUCAGACAACUAUGACUGGGACGCCACUGUGAAGAGCCUCGGAAGCACCAGACAAGAUCAAGCAGAACUGGAUAGAACAGUGUCAGCCUGCCAAGCAGCGAUUCGUGGGGAAGCUGUGCCAGAGAACCCAUCCCGAUUCGAGCGUCUUAGCAUAGUUCGAGGUAUACGACACCACUUUGAAUUUGCGGAUCGAGAAUCCGUCAAGAAGCUUUGUGCUACCUCUGGUCAAGACACCAUCUUUACGAGAGCGAGAAACGCGCGCCUGAUAAUGAGCAAUGUCAUCCCCGACAUGGAAAACGAAAACGUCCAGCCAUACUGCAUUUGGUAUCCUGACCUCGCCACUGAGGACACUUAUCGGUCGCUGGCUUCCCGCUACCCGAGUAUGCGUUAUCAGGUUGGACGUGCUUGUGCAGUAGCUGGCUACGCAACUUUAUAUGAGGAGCUCAGGCUUCUUCCAGAUGUUUCCAUCUGCGAGGAAGCUAGGGAAGCACAAAACGCAGGAAGUGAAGCCAUCUACGAGGCUGUCAUGGGUCAGUCUGCCCGCUACGCCGUCAUGAAUGACUAUGAACGAUCAGUCGAUGAGAUUGGAGCGAAGCCUGGCGCCUAUCUCAACGGAGAUACGGCGACACACUCGUGUCUGAGUGUCACACAGGCGGUAGAGGGUUUCAAAAGUGGGAGAUGGGUCGAUCAUUACUUCAAUCUUACCGAAGACGCCAAUGUUGGGGAAGAAUUUUCAGAAGAACUAUUCGUCCCGACAUUCCCAGUGGAGCAUGCUCAACUGCUCUAUCUCCCAUUGCCUCCAGACCUGCCUACCAUCAAUAAAGACGUACUCAUACUGAUGGCUGCAUACGAGGGCAACGUGGAUCGUUAUGUACGCCUGAGACGUCCUGUCAUGAUUACAGACGAGUUGAACUGCAUCCUCAGGGGGAUCUACCACCACACAAGUUUCGCAAAAUGGUGGGCAGAGUGCUCUGACAGCGUGAACUGGCCUAAUCGCGAGGCAGAGAUUGCAGUGCACGCGGCUGUUAAAGCACGAUUUAUCAUGAACAACGAACUUUCGCGCGUCGUGCCAGUCAAUGCCGCUCCGCCGGAGUGGAACCCAUUCCUCAUCUGGUGGCCUCUUGUCCCACAUGAGGCGACGUUGAGAGAGCUCGUGCGCCGCAGGCCAGAUAUGAAACUUCAAGCUGCUCUGGCCUGUAUCGCUGGCGACUACCACGUCACUUACAAGCUGCUUGACAUCGAGCCGCACCACUACCUCUGGAAGCAAGCACAAGUCUACUGCGCCAACCCGUUCUACCUCCAGGACUUGGAGACGCGGGCAGCUGAUGCAGGUAUCGACCUUCGUGUCGGUGUCGACGGGCCCCCUCCGAUAGGGCUGAGUGGCUUCUUGGCUGCAUUGGAGCCUAUCAAAGAGCCGACGUCCCUGCAAAUGUUCCCAGACGUGAACGUGGACGAUGGGCUGUGGGACGACGGGCUCUAUCCCGGGCAUCACGAUGUGAACGCGAACUUUCUCGAGACGUAUAUUUGUGCUUCUGACGCGAGUCGGCGGCGAGCCGAACGGGACGAGGAAGCGCCACCUGCAGGUGGUUAUUGGAGACAUAUCCCACAGUGGUCUCAAGGAAGAUGA